GUAUCCGCCACGUAAUCAAGAUUCUGAAGAGAUUAGGUUCUUUUAUCAUGAAAUUAAUACUAAAGCUGUUCAUCUUGAGCCUGGUGGUCAUCUUAGCUGUAGCUGAAAAUGAGCCUGUUGAACCUCCUGAUGAUGUUGGGCCAGAUGCAGAAAAGGAAACUGAUGUUGAAGUAGAAGAAAUACCUUAUGUAACACCUCGUCCGAUAGGAAACACAUACUUAGCAGAACAUUUUGAUGAUCGGGAAGGCGUUGAAAAAAGAUGGGUACCUUCAGAAGCUAAGAAAGAUGGUGCUGAAGAUAGUGUUGCAAAAUAUGAUGGAAAAUGGGCUAUUGAAGAAGCUGAAAAGAAUGGUUUGAAUGGAGAUUUAGGUCUUGUGCUUAAGUCGAAAGCUCAUCACCAUGCCAUUGCUUCAAGAUUAGAUAAACCUUUCUUAUUUGAUAAUAAGCCUUUUAUACUUCAGUAUGAAGUACGUUUCCAAAAUGGUCAGGAAUGUGGAGGGGCAUAUCUAAAGCUUCUGUCUCAAGUACCAGACAUGGAUUUGCGUAGCUUCCAUGAUAAAACACCAUAUACACUUAUGUUUGGUCCGGAUAAAUGUGGAAAUGACCAUAAAUUGCACUUUAUCUUUAGACACAGAAAUCCUAAAAAUGGUAGUUUUGAAGAAAAGCACUGGAAGCGUGCCACUUCAGUUCCUAAAUUGGAUGAUGUUUUUAAGGAUAAGAAACCACAUUUAUUUACCUUAAUAAUUAAUCCUGAUAACAAGUUUGAAGUUCUUAUGGAUAAACAAAGUGUCCAUAAGGGUAAUCUUUUAGAUGACUUUAAUCCACCUGUCAAUCCUGAAGCUGAGAUAGAUGAUCCAACUGAUAUCAAACCUACUGAUUGGGAUGAAAGAGAAAAGAUUCCAGAUCCUACAGCCACAAAACCGGAUGACUGGUAA